GCAGAUCAACAAGGGCGGGCGCCUUUGCACAUGGCCGUCUGGAACAGUUCUGUGCGAGUGGUGGACCUCUUGGUUCGGGGUGGGGCCGACAAGAACAAGGCGGAUUGGGAUGGCAGGACGCCCUUGUUUCUUGCAGCAUUCCUGGGAUCGCUUCCUGUCGUUCGGGCUUUGGUGGAAGCUGGGGCGAAUAAGAGCAAGGCAGAUCCCCACGGUCGCACUCCGCUCAGCAUAGCUGUGUGCGGCUCACAUUUCGCCGUGGUGCGGCUGCUGAUUGGAGAAGGCGCCAAUCGAAACCAAGCGGACUGGUUCGGCCGGACGCCACUUCACGAGGCAGCUCGACAGGGAAAUGUUGAGAUUGUGAAGAUGAUGCUGAAGGUAGGAGUUGACAUCCGCAAGGCGGACAACUUCGGAAGGACGCCGCUGGACUUGGCGGUGGCAGCAAAUCAUCUCCGGGCAGCCCGAGCGCUGCUCGACAACUACAGCGACCGGGACAGACCGACUUGCGUGCUCGCCUUGCCGCAGAGCCCACUGCAGCCGCCCGCCAUGUGCCGCAAAGCCUGGGUUUGA